GCCUGCAUCUUCCUUCCCGUCUCUGCGGAUCAACGCUCCUGCAAGCCCUCGUUUCAUUCUAGACUCAGCCUCAGUCUUCCAACCAUGCAAAGCGACGAGCUCAUCUGGUCAACGAUCAGCAAGCAAUUCUGCUCAUACAAAGUCAAAACCGAAGUCCAAACCUUCUGCCGGAAUGAAUACAAUGUAACGGGCCUCUGCAACCGCAUGGCCUGUCCGCUUGCCAACAGUCGAUAUGCCACCGUCAAAGAAGUGGAUGGCAUUUUGUAUCUCUACAUGAAAACCAUCGAGAGAGCCCAUACCCCUCUGAAGAUGUGGGAGCGUGUCAAGCUCUCCAAGAACUACGCCCAGGCCCUGGAACAGAUCGACACCGAGCUGAAGUACUGGCCAGACUAUCUCAUCCACAAGUGCAAACAGCGUGUCACCAAGAUCACCCAGUACCUGAUGAGAAUGCGCAGACUGAAACUGAAAGCGACGCCCAAGCUGGUCGGUAUCAACAAGAAAACUGAGCGGCGCGAAGCCCGACGCGAGGCCAAGGCCGAGGCUGCCGCUCGACUCGAUCAAGCCAUCGAAAAGGAGCUGCUGGAGCGGCUACGGAAAGGCAUCUAUGGAUCCGACGGCAUCGUCAACGACCAGCAACAAGCAUUUGCCAAGGCUAUGGACACGAUCGAAGAACUGGACGGCGCCGAGGUGGACGAGGAUGAGGAGGAGGAGGAGGACGAGCAAGAACUUGAAGAGGAGUAUGAAAUGGACGACGACGAUGAGCCUGAGCGGGAGUUUGUUUCGGAUGUCAGCGAAGACGAAGACGACGAUGAUAUCGAAGACGCCGCAAACUUCCACAGCCACAACGAGGAUGACGACGACGAGGAUGACGAUGAAGAUGACCAAGUGCCGGCCAACAAGAAGCGAUCCAAUCUGUCCAAGCCCGCGCCCACGCUCCCAGCCAAGAGACGAAAGGGUCCUCGAAUCGAAAUCGAAUAUGAGCAUGAGAACGAGCGUCAGCUUCAGCCGCAGUAGUCGGCAUUGUUUGUUGCCGACGAUUCAAUACAUCUUGUGGAAGCAAAACAAGGCAGUUCCUCGCUUUUGGAGAACCA